UGUUGUUUUUCUUUCUGGGCCGACGUCAUGUUACUGUGGAAAUCAGGCGUCAGCUCGAACACGUUACCAGCACUUCGUCAUUUACUAGCUUAUAGUUGGGUGGCGGCUAAAGAAGUGGAUUUUAAAGCUUGCCGGUCACCUUGACACGACAAUAUAAAAGCUGUGGUUCAUGGAAAGGGGGAGUGUAGAGCUAAACUUCCUUUGGCUGGAAUGAACCCUUGGCACAUAAAAGGAUGAGUCACAAUUGGUGUCUCAGUGGCUGGCUUAAAUUAAACAGAAAGGUUUACUUAUGGCGCCCUUGCAAAUCAGGAUGCACACCAUUUCCCUUCUCAGGUACCUUGCACUGUUCACUCCAUGUCCAGCAUCCUCGUUGUGGGAAGGCGAUCUCCCUGAGCCAGAAGCACAUCCUCCACUUGCGGCUCCAGGCUCAGAAGGCAUGGCUCUGCAGGGCUAACCAGGUCGUGAGACAGAAGCUCGGGCUUCACACCAGCGGCCUGCGUUUGAACACUUCAGCAUCGCGUUGGUCCGCGGGCUUCAGCAAACACAUGUCACGAGUAAAGAACACAUUGGUCACAGUUUCCAAAGCUGUGAUGCAAACGGACCUUCUCUCCAAGAUUGUCCGGCUCAAAACAAACAAGGUUGGCAAAAAUGUGAAGUCGAUUCCUGAACCGAAAGUUGUCGAAAUCACACACCUUUCUCCUGCUGCUCCCAAGCAUCCAGUAAGCACAUCACCUAGUCCUUCUCGUCGGACUUCUGCAGCUACACUGGAGGCAGGGUCCACGGCUCCCUUGCCUUCUCAGCCUCCUAACACCUCACAAUUGAGCACUGCUGCUGCUGUUGUGACCACGCGGGAAGUUAAGGAGAAAAAAACGAGGCGUGUCGCAUCUACCAUCAAGCCCGAGGAGCCUGAACAGUCAUCCGGUGAGAACGGAAGUCUGUCUUCCAAGCAACCCCCUGCGCUUUUUCACUCCAGCACAUUUUCAGUCAACCUGGAUGAAACCUACAACUACCUAGCCCACCACAUCAAUUCCUACUUUGGCAGCAGUACACAGAAAAAAGAUGUGGAGAACCAUGUUGAUGUAGUAGUUAAAACCCCCCCUCAGGCUCUACAAACAAGUGACCCCGUGUGCAAUAAACCAGGCAGCGCUCCUGCUGCUGCACCCGCAUCUCCCAAGAAAGGUUUCGGUCACUACCUGUCAUAUUCUGCUCCCACCGUGCAAGCUUUUGUGGGCAGCUACAUCGCCCCCUUGGUCCCCAAGUUCAGGACAGGGGAGGCCAAAAGUGCCACGGAUGAAGUAAAGAAGCCGGAGGAUGCGCCGGUGAAACAGGUGGAGGUGGCUGUCAGUUCAGAGCAGAAGGCAGCAGAGGAGAAGGCCAAGAAACUUCUGGUCCAAAGGGAAAAGAUCAUCGCCAGAGUAAGCGUGGACAAUCGAACUCGGGCGCUGGUCCAAGCGCUCCACAGGGCCACUGACGUGAAGGUCUACAUUAGCAGGGUGGAGGACCUCAGCUACCACUUGCUAGAGUUUCCUGAGACUUGUGGGGUCGCCGUCAAGGAGAAGGUAAUCCCCUGUUUGCUGCGUCUGCAACAGGCCACUGAUCCUGGACUGAGGGAAGCGGUCAGAGAAGCUCUUACUCUGGUGGGCUACCAUAAGCCUGUAAAAGGCCGCGGCAUACGCAUCCUGUCCAUAGAUGGGGGUGGGUUAAGGGGACUUCUUGCCCUUCAGACUUUGCACAAGUUGGAAGCCCUGACCGGCAAACCCAUUUACAAACUGUUUGAUUAUAUUUGUGGUGUCAGCACAGGUGCAAUCCUGGGGUUCAUGCUGGGCAUCUUCCAGCUCCCGCCAGGCGAGUGUGACGAUCUUUACCGCAAAUUGGGCUCGGACGUUUUCAAGCAGAAUGUGAUUAUCGGCACAGUGAAGAUGGGCUGGAGUCACGCUUUCUAUGACAGCGAAGCCUGGGAGAGCAUGCUGAAGUUAGUCCUAUUCUGGAUGUUGAUGGCAGAAGGAGCUGAAGAGAAAAUGGGCUCACACCUCCUAGUGGAGACUUCUAGAAACCCGGAAUGUCCCAAAGUGGCAGCAGUGAGCGCCAUCGUGAACCGAGGCACUCCUCUGAAGGCCUAUGUGUUCAGGAACUACAACCUGCUGCCGGGGGUGCGCUCCCACUACCUAGGGAGCUGUCAGCACCAGCUCUGGCAGGCAAUCCGCGCCACAUCGGCUGCCCCCGGGUACUUCCAGGAGUUCCCCUUGGGGAGUGAUCUCCAUCAGGACGGAGGUUUGCUAAUCAACAACCCCACAGCGCUGGCCAUCCACGAGUGCAAGUGUCUGUGGCCCAACACACCAUUAGAGUGCGUGGUGUCGGUCGGCACUGGCCGCUUCGAAACGGCAGGCAAGAGCAACAGUGGCACCUACACGAGCCUCAAAACCAAAAUCAACAAUGUCAUCAGCAGCGCCACAGACACUGAGGAGGUCCACGCCAUGUUGGACGGCUUCCUGCCCGCCGACACGUACUUCCGCUUCAACCCGUACGUGAGCGAGGACAUCUCCAUCGACGACAACCGCCAGGACAAGCUAAACCUGCUGCAGGCCGAGGGCUUCCGCUACCUGGAAAGGAACGAGGAAAAGCUGCGGAAGGUGGCUCGCAUCCUCACCCGAGAGAAGGGCUCCGCGCAGAGGUUGGCAGAGUGGGUCAGGACCAGGGCCGACAUGUAUAACUCUUUGUCCUUGAACUCCUUUAAGUUUUAGGCACGACAAAAAACAACAACAACUACACUUUUUACCUCACACAUGGAGACUUUUUUUUCUUUAUUCUAUGAUACUUGGAACCUCAUGUUUUGUUAAUAAUGUCUUCGGGCAGCGGUGUCAAACAAAUUUUUGCUGCGGGCCACAUCGUAGUUAUGGCUUUCCUCGGAGGGCCGUCAUCACUGCGAACACAUACGGUAAAUGUACAAUUGCCUCAUGUUAUUACAUAUACACACACAAAAAAAAUAAUCCAUAAAUAGCUAUAGUUGAAAUCAGAAGCCAGUAAAAAUUUGUGAAUUCAGUUUAUUUUGAAAUGCGGAUUGGUAACAAAAAUGUUUGCAAUCAACGUUAUUAAAAGUGAAGAUGAUUUGCAAUGUUGUUAUUUUUGCAAGAAACAUGAAGUCGACGCUCUUGAUUUGCUUUCCCGGGCCACAAAAAUUGAUCUAGCGGGCCGGAUGUGGCCCCCGGGCGGAGAGUUUGACACCUGUGUCUUAGGGUCACAGAAUCACAUACCACAUCUCAUAGGGCAGCAUGCCUGCAUGAGUAUCUAUUUUUAUUGGAUCUGUGGUUUAUUUUUGUUUGAAUUGGUGCUGUUAAACUGGACAGGACUAAUUCAAACAAGUGGGAACUUUUCCCUCCUUUAAAAUGUGAAGUUUCCAGAUUGUUUUACCUUUUUGUAACUAUUUGCUGCCUGAUAUAAAUAAUGUUAUUUUUAGGCGGGGUACACAAUUGUUUUGUUUUGUUUUUUUAAUCUGAACUGAUUAUUUUUUUUAUUUAUUUUUUAAAUUCAAGAGGCAUCUGACAAUUGGGCAUUUGCUGACUUUGAUUGGAAGAGGGCAGUCUGGGUCAAAAUCGGCCCAGUUAUCGGUAUGUGUGUACGCCACUUAAGACAACACUGUAAAGAAAUUAUAAAGGUCAAACUGAAAAUUUUAAAAAAUUAGGUCAAACCAAUGAUUAAUUUUGGCAACUAAUGCAAGCGAUAUUACUCUAAUUUGCACAAAAUGCAGCUAAUGGGCGAUUGAAGUCGUUGAAAAUGAACUACUAAUGAUGUCCGCCCCCUGAGAAGUGUGUAAGUGCGGUCUACUUAACAUUUCAAGCACUAGCAACAGUAAAGAUUUAACUUUGCAUGUAACCCCACCUGUAUACAUAGCCACAGUGGACCUCACAGAUAUUACUUUUACACAUUGUUUUAGCCAGUCGGCUGUUUUAGCAUUGCGUUUGUUUGCCUGAAUGCACGAUACUGGCACUUCUGACCUCACAUCCAUUUUGAGUGUCCUGACUCACACAGGUACUGUAUCGUUGAUGCGCCAGCGAAUCCUCAAGGACCAGUCAUGAGAUGGAUGCACAGGUACUUAUCUACAACAACAUACAAUAACAAUGCCACAGUCUAUGUAUGUAAUUUAGACUCAUCACCGCCGCAUUCUGCCCCUUAAUUAUGUGAUUACGAAAAGCUGCUGUUGCACAACAUCUUCUCAGGAAGAUGACGGGUACACUUUAUCAGUGUUAAAUGAUGCUCUACCUGAUGCUUAAUGACUCUGGGUGACAUUUGGGCUGAUAAACAUCACCUACACAGUAUUCCCAAAGCGUUUGUGCUUAAUGAUGAUGUAUGUCAUGGUUCUCCCUCAUGAAAAUUAGAAAAAACAUGUAGAGACUUCAAUUUAAAUGUUAAAACCAGCUAUCUUAAUCAUGAUUAAUGGAUUUUUUUUGUUUUAAUUAAACAUUUGUUUUUUGUUAUCGUUUAUAUAUAUAUAUAUAUAUACACACACACACACACACACAAAUAUGUGUGUAUGUAUAUACAGUGGGUACGGAAAGUAUUCAGACCCCCUUAAAUUUUUCACUUUGUUAUAUUGCAGCCAUUUGCUAAAGUCAUUUAAGUUCAUUUUUUUCCUCAUUAAUGUACACACAGCACCCCAUAUUGACAGAAAAAAAUGGAAUUGUUGACAUUUUUGCAGAUUUAUUAAAAAAGACAAACUGAAAUAUCACACAGCCAUAAAUCUUCAAAUCCUUUUCUGAGAAACUCAUAUAUUUAACUCCAGUGCUGUCCAUUUCUUCUGAUCAUCCUUGAGAUGGUUCUAUACCUCCAUUGGAGUCCAGCUGUGUUUGAUUAUACUGAUUGGACUUAAUUAGGAGAUUGGACUGUCAGGAGAUGGGAGAAAGUUCUAGAAAGUCAACCAUCACUGCAGCCCGCCACCAGUCGGGGCUUUAUGGCAGAGUGGCCCGACGGAAGCCUCUCCUCAGUGCAAGACACAUGGAGUUUGCUAUAAAAAAAAAAAUCACCUGAAGGACUCCAAGAUGGUGAGAAAUAAGAUUCUCUGGUCUGAUGAGACCAAGAUAGAACUUUUUGGCCUUAAUUCCUUGCAGUAUGUGUGGAGAAAACAAGGCACUGCUCAUCACCUGCCCAAUACAGUUCCGACAUCAUGCUGUGGGGGUGUUGUUCAGCUGCAGGGAUAGGACGACUGGUUGCAAUCGAAGGAAUGAUGAAUGCGGCCAAGUACAUUGACAAAAAGGACGAAAACCUUCUCCAGAGUGCUCAGGACCUCAGACUGGGCCAAAGGUUCACCUUCCAACAAGACUAUGACCCUCAGCACAGAAGUAAAAUAAUGGAGUGGCUUCAGAACAACUCCGUGACUGUUCUUGAAUGGCCCAGCCAGAGCCCUGACUUAAACCCAAGUGAACAUCUCUGGAGAGACCUGAAAAUGGCUGUCCACCAAUGUUCACCAUCCAACCUGACAGAACUGCAGAGGAUCUCCAAAUCCAGGUGUGAAAAACCACUUGCGUCAUUCCCAAAAAGACUCAUGGCUGUAUUAGCUCAAAAGGGUGCUUCUGCUAAAUACUGAGCAAAGGGUCUGAAUGCUUAUGGCUGUGUAAUAUUUAAGUUUUUCUUUUUUAAUAGAUCUACAAAAAUUUCAACAAUUCAGUUCUUUUUUCUGUCAAUAUGGGGUGCUCUGUGUACAUUGGGGAGAAAAAAAUGACUUGAAUUAAUUUAGCAAAUGGCUGCAAAAUAAUGGAGUGAAAAAUUUAAGGGUAUCUGAAUACUUUCCGUACCCACUGUGUGUGUGUGUGUGUAUAUCUAUAUAUAUCUAUAUAUAUUUCAGAAUGAAUGAAUACAAUUUGUAAUUGUGAAUGAAGAAAAUGAAUUAAAUCUGCUAAAAUGUCA